CCGCGAUCGAAUCGCACCGGCGUGUCAUUAGGUAGUCAUGCCCGUCAUGAUAAUUGAGCACUUUUCGGCCUCGGCCAGGUGUACGAUGUCCUCGAGAAGCCGGAGCUGUCGUUGCACUACUAUCUCCGGGCCAGCACAAUACGGCCAAGAGACAUGGACCUUUUGCACGCAGCGGCCACCGGCCUGGCGGUUAUGUCUCGGCUUGACGAGGCGAUCUCGGUCCUGAGAAUGGCCCUUGCGUGCAGCGCUUCUGAUGAUGAGGUGCCCGCAAAACAGACACGCGUAGAACUGCUCCCUCGGUUGGGGAGUCUGUAUGACGAGGCCCAGAAUCGCAAGGAGGCCACGGCACGUCUCGAGUUCGAAAUUCUUGAAGGCAAGGCAACCCGGGGUGCGGCGGAGACAAGCGAGCGCCUGGGCAUGGUGAUGAUACCCAAGGCUCAAUCGCUGUUGGCUCAGUGGGCUGUGGAGGACGGGGACUGAGGUGUCCGAGCCCUCGCUUUUCCGCAAGCCAGAAGCUCAGGGCGUGUUGAGCAGAUGCAGUCCAGGGGAGGAUUCAAGGAAAUAGGCAACGCAAACGGGAUCCGGGCCGGCA